GUGAAUUCUUUGCUCUGAACCUCCCGGACUCCUCUCCCUCAUUGACUCUUUAUAAAGAGGGAGCUCCGAGUCCUCUCCUGCGCCCGAGGUAUUUCUUCUGUCCCCGAGGGUGCCAGGUGAGCCCUGGCGGGUCCGGGAGGCUGAGCUGGGACUCGUCUCGAGCAGUAGCUGCCGGGUGCCAAGCUUCGCCCUCUGCGUCCCCUCCUUCGCGGCCUCCAGCCGGUGCAGGACCGGGGCCCCCAGGCGAGGGUCUGCGGUUGGCCUAAUCUGCCCAACUUCUGGGUCAUUUACAGCGUCUGGCUGUCCUCCCGAUUCUUCCCUCCUCGCCUUUGCUUGUCGCCUACCCGGGGCUCCGGAAGGGAAGGAGGCGUGUCCGGAGCAGGCGGGAGGGAACUGUAUAAAAGCGCCCGCGGCUCGACAGCCGGGCUCGCUCGCCGCCUCGCGCCGAGACUAGAAGCGCCGCAGGAAGCACAGACAGUGGAGAGGGCGCUGCGCUCGGGCUACCCAAUGCGUGGACUAUCUGCCGCCGCUGCUCGUGCAGUAUGCUGGAGCUCCAGAACAGCUAAACGGAGUUGCCACACCACUGCUCGUGGUGGAUCGCAGCGCUGCCUUUCCUUAUGAAGAAGACACAAACUUGGAUUCUCACUUGCAUUUAUCUUCAACUGUUCCUAUUUAAUCCUUUCGUCAAAACUGAAGGGGUCUGCAGGAAUCGUGUGACUAAUAAUGUAAAAGACGUCACUAAAUUGGUGGCAAAUCUUCCGAAAGACUAUAUGAUAACCCUCAAAUAUGUCCCCGGGAUGGAUGUUUUGCCAAGUCAUUGCUGGAUAAGUGAGAUGGUAGUACAGUUGUCAAGCAGCUUGACUGAUCUUCUGGACAAGUUUUCAAAUAUUUCUGAAGGCUUGAGUAAUUAUUCUAUCAUAGACAAACUUGUGAACAUAGUGGAUGACCUUGUGGAGUGCGUGAAAGAAAACUCAUCUAAGGAUCUAAAAAAACCAUUCAAGAGCCCAGAACCCAGGCUCUUUACUCCUGAAGAAUUCUUUAGAAUUUUUAAUAGAUCUAUUGAUGCCUUCAAGGACUUUGUAGUGGCAUCUGAAACUAGUGAUUGUAUGGCUUCUUCAACAUUAAGUCCUGAGAAAGAUUCCAGAGUCAGUGUCACAAAACCAUUUAUGUUACCCUCUGUUGCAGCCAACUCCCUUAGGAAUGACAGCAGUAGCAGUAAUAGGAAGGCCAAAAAUCCCCCUGGAGACUCCGGCCUACACUGGGCAGCCAUGGCAUUGCCAGCACUCUUUUCUCUUAUAAUUGGCUUUGCUUUUGGAGCCUUAUACUGGAAGAAGAGACAACCAAGUCUUACAAGGACAGUUGAAAAUAUACAAAUUAAUGAAGAGGAUAAUGAGAUAAGUAUGUUGCAAGAGAAAGAGAGAGAAUUUCAAGAAGUGUAAUUGUGGCUUGUAUCAACACUGUUACUUUCUUACAUUGGCUGGUAACAGUUCAUGUUUGCUUCAUAAAUGAAGCAGCUUUAAACAAAUUCAUAUUCUGUCUGGAGUGACAGACCACAUCUUUAUCUGUUCUUGCUACCCAUGACUUUAUAUGGAUGAUUCGGAAAUUGGAACAGAAUGUUUUACUGUGAAACUGGCACUGAAUUAAUCAUCUAUAAAGAAGAACUUGCAUGGAGCAGGACUCUAUUUUAAGGACCUGCGGGACUUGGGUCUCAUUUAGAACUUGCAGCUGAUGUUGGAAGAAAAGCACGUGUCUCAGACUGCAUGCACCAUUUGCAUGGCUCCAGAAAUGUCUAAAUGCUGAAAAAACCUAGCUUUAUUCUUCAGCUACAAACUGCAGCCUGUAGUUAUCCUGGUCUCUGCAAGUAGAUUUCAGCCUGGAUAGUAGCAGUAACAAUUUUUCUCAAAGGGAUCUGGAAAAAAAUGUGUAAAACUCAGUAGCAUCAGCCACUGUACAGUGUAGAAAGCAGUGGGAACUGUGAUUGGAGUUGGCAACAUGUCAGUUUAUAGUUACUGAUUAGUUAUAUGGGUCUGAUUUUGAUCUCUUCCUGAUGUAAACUAUGCCCACCCAACACAUGUAAACAGUUGCCUGGUUCCAUCCAUGUAGAGAGCCAGUACUGAAUUAUGUGUUGGCAGAGGGGAGACUCCAAAAGAGUCAUCGCAGGAAGAAGUUAAGAACACCGCCCAGCAGAACAGUCUGCUGAGGAGGACACUGGCACCCCUGGAAAAGUCUGCCUUUUCCCUUGACCACUUUAGAGUGUAUAAAUUGUGUUUGCAAAAUAUGUUAUGACAUGUUUAUAUUCUACAACUAUUACAGAGCUAUGUAAAGGGACUUAGGAGAAAAUGCUGAAUGUAAGAUGGUCCCAUUUUCAAUUUCCACCCUGGGAGAGAAUAAAAAUAAUUUAUGAUAUUUAGUAUCUAAGGUUAGAAAACCACACCCACAUGUUAAUAUGGGUGUUGAAACUAGGUUACUUGGAAUGCAAGGAAUCAGGAAACUUUAGUUAUUUAUAGCAUAAUCACCAUUAUCUGUUUAAAGGAUCCAUUUAUUUAAAAUCAGGCACUCUAUAUUCAUUAAGGUUUAUGAAUUAAAAAUUAAAAGAAAGCUUUAUGUAGUUAUGCAUGUCAGUUUGCUAUUUAAAAUGUGUGACAGUGUUUGUCAUAUUAAGAGUGAAUUUGGCAGGAAUUCCUAAGAUGGACAUUGUGCUUUUAAACUAGAACUUGUAAGACAUUAUGUGAAUAUCCCUUUCCAAGAAAACAUCUGACUAAAGUCAAAGAAUGAUUUCUUACGGUUUACUUUGAUGAAGGUCCUUUUAACAUGUCUUGAAUGUACACAUAAAGGAAUCCAAAGCUUUCCAUUCUAACUUAACCUUUGUGAUAACAGUAUUGCCAUGUUCUACCACCAUACAAUGACAGUUUUCAAUGUAGUGAUACAAAAGGGCAUGAAAAACUAAUUGCUAGCUUUCCUUUCAUUUCAAAAAUCCAAGAAUUUCUAUUAUAUUUGGAUUUUAGCUUACGUUCAAAGCUAAUCCAGAUACAACUCCAGUAAGUGGCCUUUGCUCUUUUCUGUACCAAAGAGCCCAGAUGAUUCCUGCAGUCCCUUUCUUCUCUAACAUGCUGUGGUUCCUUAAAUAUGAAUAAUUUCUCUAAGAUACAACCCAGGUGCUUUGAGAAACUUUAUUAUGGUGUUCAGGCCCACAGAUAUCCCAUAGUAUACUUGAUUAGUAAUAAAACCAGACAUCAAUUUAAUUGCUGAUAGGUUCUGUCUCAGUGUGUGGCACUGAAUUGUUUUCAGGAAAAUAGAUAUAGAAUAAUAUGAGUUAUGUGUAUAGGCUGUGUGUAGAUUGAGAAUAGUAGAUACUUCUCAAUCUAGUAGUUUUAUUUAACCAAUGGUUUCAGUUUGCUUGAGCAUAUGAAAAUGCUGCUUAAUGUGCUUGAGAGUACAAUAAAUGUACCUUUGUCCUCAAACCUAGUAGCUGGGUUUUAACACUCAAGGACAUGGUCUUAAUCAAUAGAGUUAAAUAAACACAUUCAGCAAAUUAUUAAAUCUGACAUGGUAGGAGAGGGGAGAUGUGUUCUGCCCAUUAAAUGUUUUGGUCCAUUGAAAGUUACAUGGAUUGCCAAUUUUUAAAACACUAAAGUUUAAUAAAAUGCAUGAACAAUAGAAAAAUGAACAUUAUUUUGGAUGCUAGCUGCUUGGAUAUUAACUGUGUCAUUUCUGCUUUGAGAUCAAAUAUAUAUUUAUCUUUGCUUAUUUUAUCCCAGAUGUGUUCCGAAUAUCCUUCUUCACAAAUCAUGGGAAACUCACUGCUGAGAUAGUAAACCAUGAAAUCGCCUUUUCAGUUGGUGCCAUGUGUCUGAUAGUUCCAUCUUAUAGUGUUUCAAAAUUACCUUUUAAAAUGAUCUCAGAAAUCUGUAGAUUCUAACAAUACUGAAAGCUUUGCACCUUUUUGGUAGAAACCAAGUCAAUUUUAAAAAUGGCUUUAUGAUAAAUGGUGCCUGCCCAGUGAUAAUGAAGUGUUCCUGGAUAUUGUAUUGUAAUUUAAUGUGCUUACCACACUGCCAUAUUUUAAUGAGUCAGAGACAAACUGAUUUUCUUCAAUACAAUAAUAGAACAAGUAGCCUAUUCGUUUAAAAAGUAUGUGAAAAAAUGAAAAUUAUGAAAAAUUAUGCAAACCUAAUGAAGUAUUUGCUUUUAGUAAAAAUUAAAUACAUUUCAUUGAGCUUUUAAGUACUUUGGAGAAACUUUGGGGCACAUUUUGCUACUCUAAUUCAACUGAAGUUAUAAAUAAAGAGAAAAAUUCAUUCAGAAAUCAUGGAUAUUUAAAAAUGUUUUACUGCAGCUAGGUUUUCGCUUCAAAAUGUAAUUCCAGUUUGGGGCUUUAAGGCAUUUUGGCAUGGUGGGAUGGAUGUUGCAAAAGAUCCUCCAGAGCCUCCACUCUGUCAUUAACUGAUGUGGUAACUCGCUUCUCCUCUUUGAAUCUCAAUUUUUUAUUUAUCUAUAUGAUAAAAUCAGAGAUCACACCUUAGGGGUGAGUCCUGUUACAAUAUGACUGACAAGAUAAAAUAGAAUUGAAACUAACCCAUACAAAAUAUCUCAACUCUGGACUCUGUGAAUAAGUAUCUUGACCAUAAAAAGUCAUUGCUGUUCUUGUUUCUAAUGUAAAUAGUGUUCAUUAGUAAGGUGAAAUUCAGUCUUAAGUAGGGUGAAUUGGAUCACCAUUUACACAAGAGAUGGCUUUUUCCUUUGCUUAAAUAAACAUUUUGGAUCACCUCCCAAGAACGAAAACCAGUAGUACAUUUUAGUCAUAUUAGUCAGGAUGAGAAACUAUAAGAUGAGUGUAGCAUUUGGAAGUGCACCAAAGUAAGCAUUUAAAUCUUCUCAUUUUAUUGAAAACUAACAGCAGAAAGUGUAAAUUGCUCAUGAGGUUUCUUAAUGCCGAAAGGUAUUUUGGAACCAAUUUAUAAAGGGGUAAUUCAUUGAUUACACUUUAAAAUUUGAAAGUGGGAUAAGAAUUCUAAAGCAAGCCAGCUUAUCUUUGAAACAAUAUUAUUUUGAAAUUGGCUUUAAAAUAAAAUCAUUCAGAUUGAAACUCUAAUUAGUUCAUUUGUGGAAUUUGAUCACACAGUUCAUAGUGUUGCUGCUUUCCAUUAACUAGUCUUGAAAUGUUUUUGUUUGUAAAAAUAAACUAAUGGUACUUUCAUUUCACAACAAGGUUGUUUUUUUUUAAGAAAUAAUCCAUGCUAAAAUGGAUAUUUGUGAUCCUGAAAUGUUUGCUAAGCAUUCUAAAUUGAUUUAUAACUGCCAUCUCUAACUACAUCCUUAUGAGGUUUUUAAUAAUAAAAUUAAAAUAAUAAUUGUUUAAACUAAAAACCACACCAUUUUCCAAUACUUGAUUUCUGAGCUACAAGACUCACUAAAUAUAAUUUUCCAAUCAAAAUAUUCUAUUGUCCUAUGUGCUAAGGAUUAAUGUGUGAUUAUAGUGUCCACUUGCCACCAAUUUUUAUAAAACAAUGGACUUGAAAAGUAUUAAUUUAGAUGGAUGCACAGAUAUAUCCUUAGUUCAGCCAUAGAUUGGAGUUUGCAAUAUAAUAAUGUAAAUGUAUGUCAACACUAUUCUAAAUAGUUUUAUUAUGACUGAAAUUUAAUUAAAUAAAAAAGGUUGUAAAAUGUGAUGUGUAUGUGUAUAUACUAUAUGUGUACUUUUUAAAAUAGGUGUGUGUCCCAACCCUUUUUUAUACAGGUUUGAAUUUGAAAUUACAUUAUAUAUACAUAUACUUUAUUGUUCUAAAUAAAGAAUUUUAUGCACUCUCA